AUGUCUACAACAGUAGAUCCAUUGUUUGGUCUUAUUCAAGUAUCGACAUCCAUUAAAAUAAAACGAUCCGAUGGUCGAGUACAUUUAGCGAAAGUUGUUCAACUAUCACCAGAGUCGAAAUCAGUCGGUGUCGAAUGGAAUGAGAAUGGCGAAGUGAAAGGCAAAGAAAUUCUACUCGAUCUUGUCUUCGAGCUUAAUAGUGAGUUACGACCAAAUGCGGUUUUUAAACAACCAGCACCAGUUACAAAUCAACAAGUUCGACCAACGGCAGCCGUUGCAACACUUCCUUCUAGUGGCUUAUCAUCUAGUCGACUAACAUUAGACAUCGAUACACUAGAACGUGAAUAUAAUUCACGCCCACCACCGACGCUUCCGCCACAAUUGAUGCAAAAAAUCCAACAACAUCCAGUGUCUAUUCAAACAACUUCCACACCACUUCCUCCACCACCACUUAACGGAACUGUUACAUCCACUUCGCAUCAUCCAAAAACAAGCUAUAUACCAUCCGGAACAAAUAAUUCAUCAGCCGUUCGUUCGAUUCGUCGUCCUGCUGCUCCUCAAUCAACAGCACCGUCGAUAUCGAAAAUAGCAACACCUUCCUCUCCCAUUCCACCUCCAACUCCCACUGUUGAACAACAACCACCUCAGCCACAACUACAGAUUCCACCACCAGCAAAUAACAAAACUGAACGUCGUCUUUCUCGUCUUCAUGUUGUACAACAAUCAUCGUCAACAAACACAAACAGCAAUGUUGCACCACCUGCGCCUGAACCACCUUCAUCCAUUGGUCUACACGGUCCGUUUGGACAGAUGAUUCUUGAUUAUCGUUCCACAUUAACUUAUUGUCCUACAACAAAUGCAAAUAUAAAUCAACAACAAAUCAAUCAAAAAGAUCUACGUAUUUGCGUUGCUGUUCGAAAACGUCCAUUGAAUAAACGUGAAAUUGCGAAAAAAGAUAACGAUGUGAUUACCAUUCCAAAUAAAGAUCAUUGUCUCGUUCAUGUACCAAAAUUAAAAGUUGAUUUAACUAAAUAUUUAGACAAUCAAACAUUCAAAUUUGAUUAUACUUUCGAUGAAAAAGCUUCCAAUGAAUUAGUUUAUCGUUGUACAGCGGCACCAUUAAUCGAUACAGUAUUUAAUGGUGGAAAUGCAACUGUCUUUGCUUAUGGUCAAACAGGAUCUGGCAAAACAUUCACAAUGGGCGGUGAUUUACAAUCAGCUAAGACGGAUUAUUCACAUGGUGUUUAUGCUCAAACAGCACGUGAUAUAUUUCAUCGUCUAUCGUUACCACAAUAUCGAACAUCCGUGGAAACUUUUGUUACGUUCUAUGAAAUUUAUUGUGGCAAAGUGUUUGAUUUACUCAAUAACAAGAAACGUCUCCGUGUCCUAGAAGAUCAAAAAGGUCUUGUUCAAGUAUGUGAUCGAAAAGAGCAACAAGUCAAAUCUGUUCAAGAUGUAUUAAACAUUAUUCAACAUGGUAUGAGUAUUCGAACAUCGGGUACAACAGCUGCCAACGCUAAUUCUUCUCGCUCACAUGCGGUUCUUCAAAUUAUUCUUAAAACAGCAUCAACAGCUUCGGUUACUUCAAGUGUAUCAGGAUCGUCACGAAAUAACAAUCAUAAUAAUCCAGCUGUAUUACGUCGUCCAAUGAAAGAAGUGGCAUCAACAGCUUCGGUUACUUCAAGUGUAUCAGGAUCGUCACGAAAUAACAAUCAUAAUAAUCCAGCUGUAUUACGUCGUCCAAUGAAAGAAGUUGGUAAAAUGUCAUUGAUCGAUUUGGCUGGUUCGGAACGCGGUAAAGAUACGGCAAGUGGUGAUCGUCUUCAACGAAUGGAAGGCUCAGAAAUUAAUAAAUCUCUACUAGCAUUAAAAGAAUGUAUUCGUGCAUUGGGUCGUGGCGAUGGUAGUCAUGUACCAUUUCGUGGUUCAACAUUAACAAAAGUCUUACGUGAUUCAUUUAUUGGUGAUAAGUCCAAAGUGUGUAUGAUUGCAAUGGUUUCACCAACACAUUCCGAUGUUGAAAACACGAUGAAUACAUUACGUUAUGCAGAUCGAGUGAAAGAACUACGAGCUGGAAAUAAUGGUGCGGGUUUGUCCAAUGAUGACGAUGAAAUUAAAAUGGACGGCAUGUCAAAAGCGUUGCCAAUGGAUGAUGACAAAGAAAAUAAGCGUCGUCACCAUCACAGUCAUUAUCCUCAUCAUCAUGAUGGAUCUGCAUCGUCAAAUGAUAGUACAAGUUCAUCUUCGAACGAUCUAUAUGACGACGAAGAACAAGAUGAAGCAUCCGCUUCAUAUGCAGCACAAGUUGAACAUUUACAAGAAUAUGAAGACGCUUUGUUCGAUUCUUGUCAAGAUGUUCUUAUGAAUAAAGAGCCCAUAUUAACGAAACAAUUGCGUGCAAUCGUUAAACAAGCACAAGAGACGGUCGAUUAUGAUCAAGAAAAAUUUGUUAAUCAAAUGCGAGAAAAUUUACUUCAACGUCAACAAGCAUUGACUGAACUACAAACACGUUUGCAAGUAUUCGCCGACUGUCUUCAACAAGAAGAACAAGUUGCUGCUGCACAAAGAAAUAGAAAACAACAAUCAAAUGGAACUAUACAUUAG